AUGCCUAAUAUUGAUAUUAUAUUAGAACGUGUUGAUUUUGAUGUCGAAACUGUGCAAUCUCCUCGAAUAAAUUGGUAUCCAUAUCAUAGUCAAUCAGAUGAAUGUACCUAUAUUUCUUCAAAUAUGCUUAAAGUUCUUAAGCCUUUACCACCAACCGAUGGCCCGGUGGCUCGGUGUUAUAACAUAGAAUUAAUAAUAAAGGAAUUGGCUCCUGAUGGAUAUACCCGUUUAGUAUGGACUGUUAACGGUCAAUAUCCGGCUCCGGUAAUUCAAGCAAACUAUGGAGACAGACUUCUCAUCAAUGUAACCAAUAAACUUGGGUAUCCAUCCUCAGUGCAUUGGCAUGGUAUAUUUCAAAAUGGCACAAACUUUUACGACGGAGUUGUAGGUAUGACGCAAUGUGCGAUCCCUGAUGGUGUUUCGUUUCUCUACAAUUUUACCGUUCAACAAUACGGCACUUAUUGGUAUCAUUCCCAUUUCCUGGGUCAAAUUGUUGAUGGCCUCAAAGGUCCUCUAAUAAUUCAUUAUCGCAACGAUCCUUAUCUUGGAAAAUACGAUUUCGAAUAUGUAAUGACAUUGUCAGAUUGGUAUCAUACUCUGUCCAGUGAUAUUCUUAAACUUUUUCGUGCUGAAGAUUAUAAAGGAUUUGAUCCUCUUCCUGAUUCCGGUGAAAUUAGUGGUUUUGGACAAUAUGAUUGUAAUACUGCCCCUAAAAAUUCAACAUGUAACCCGAAUAAUAAAAUCGCCACUUAUGUUGUUCGACAGGGUAAAAAAUAUAGAUUUAGAAUUAUUAACAUGAGCUCAUUAGUUCACUUCAUACUUUCAAUUGAUGAUCACCCGCUAACGCUUUUUGAAGUUGAUGGUGAAUUAAUAAAACCUGUCACUCUAAAUACUAUUCCAAUUAAUAUUGGGCAGCGAUAUUCUGUAAUUCUUAAUGCUAUUAAACCAAUAGAUGUUUAUCAGAUUCGUGCAAAAAUAUCAAUUUGUACACCGAUCAAUAAUCAAACUAUAAAUUAUGAUACUGCGUUAAAUUAUAAUAUAAUGGGAAUUUUGAAAUAUGAAGGUGCUAAAGUUAAACUUCCAACUUCGAACGCUUUUUUUUCGAACGUGUCAGAAGAAUGUAGAGAUAUUGAUCCAAAUACUUUAAAGUCAUAUUACACGAGAAAACUACCUCAAAUCAUUAUUUCUAGGAUUGACUUAAUGGUUUCUUUUGGUAAGACAGCGACUGGAAAAAAGCAUGCUCUAAUAAACAAUUCAAGUUAUGUACCUAACUUUAAUUAUCCAACAAAUCAAAGAAUUAUUGAAGGAGUAAACCCAUUCAAUCUUCCACAAUAUGAUAAUGCCUAUGUGUAUGAAUGUAACACUACAGAUUGUGAUGUUACAGGCGUUGAUAUUUAUAUUAUUAAUAAUACUAGUGACCCUCAUCCGUUCCAUUUGCAUGGACACAACUUUUUUGUUAUUUACAACGGAAAAAGCCAAACAGGUCUUGAACCGCCACGUAAAUCAAGUACAACAGUGAUCCGCUACUUUGUAAAUAACCCUGGUGCAUGGUAUUUCCAUUGUCACAUACAUUGGCAUUUUGAAAUGGGUAUGAGUGUGCAACUAAUUGAAAAACCAUCGUUGCUCAAAAAUAUUAGUAUCCCAAAUGAUGUUGCCGCGCUUUGUAAUUUUUGA